GAAUCAAAACAAUUCUGCAUCGGGUCAAAUUCAUACCGAGACGGACGGUGGUGGGGAGAUAGGGCUUACUGGGGUGGGUAUCUAAUGAUAGCAAAGUCGAUUGAACUGAUGCCUAAAACACGUGCUACUACGCAUCAUUUCAUCCUGGGUAAGGCAGGUCCAUUGCCUACAACCGUGCUGCCGACAAAGGGUGAUGUGAUUAACUAUGUAAAAUUUCUCGAUCAAGACAGCAACGGGUUCUCGACCACCCGGAAAACGCCAGCUCCUUCAGUUUUCAAUCAUGUCGCUGUUAGUGUCAGUGAAAUGUGGUCGCAAGAGGGCAUCCCUGUCCAUGGAAUUAAAUAUGUCAAAGAGCUCGUGCGAAAGGAGUAUGCUGCAUAUAAAAACGCGAACAGGACGAAAAAAUCUCAAAGGGCGGACGCUGACAAUAGCCACUUCUUGAAGCUAUUCGACAUCGCCAUGUGCAAAUGUGCCUCCCGUGCGGCGUGCUGCUGUCCGCGAGAUGCAAAAGUUCCAAGUGAGGAGUGGCCAUUCCUCAAGGACCAGCGACACAAGCGCCGACUGACGCUGGGAUCAUACGAUCGGGCCACGAGUGAGGCGAGGCAGGCGCGUCUGCAGCGUCAGUUAUCGCGACACCGCAACCAGCAGCAUGGUGGCGCUACGGAGCCUUCUCCUGGGCCGAGCGGCGUUGGCAGUGGCAGCACCGUCGGCGCUGUGCCCGCCGAGCAGCUCCGCCUCGGCGACACUGACAGCAGUGACAGCGGCGGCGGCGACGCCGGCAGCGACUCGUCUGCGGAUGACGAAGAGUUUACAGCUCCGACUGCACUUCCGAGUGCCAAGAACGCAGAUGAUCUGAGGGAGACGGCGCUCGCAGCGGACCGGUACGGCGUUUCUAACCGGGCCGCUGCUGCUAUCAUAAACGCGUUUCAAGUCGAUAUCGGGCGCAUCAAUGAAAACGACAUGUCGAACGUCGUCGACGCCAAGAAAAUAUGGCGCGCGAGAAACAUGAUGAGGAAUGAAUCGGCCCGACAAAACAUCGACGCAGCUGUGUCCGGAGGAGUAGAGAGCUUGUACUUUGACGGGCGCAAGGACAAAACAUGUACCGACUGUUCGGCGGCGACAGACAUACAAGAACAUGUCGUCGUCCUGUCUGAGCCGGGGAAUCUGUACCUGACACACUUCACCCCUCAGUCUGGGAGCGCCAUUCACAUGGUGAACGAGCUCUACACCAUCGCUGUGGCGUUCGGUGAACAUGUGAAAGCACUGGGAUGCGAUGGUACGGCGGUGAAUAUCGGGACCAGCGGUGGUGUGUGCCGACUUUUCGAGCUGGCGACAAAUAAGCCCGUGCACUGGUUUGUGUGCAUGCUGCACGGCAAUGAAUUGAACCUGCGGCACGUAUUCAAGACGCUGGACGGCACUACCAGCGGACCUCGAACCUUCAACGGCGCCAUCGGCACCAGCUGCGCCGAGGACGUGUGGAGGAGGGAGGUGGCGCCGUUCCAGCCCGUGCCCGGACACGUGCCGGAGAUGACAGCCGAGCUGGUCGCCACCCUCAGUCACGACCAGCAGCUGCUGUACCGACUGGCUCUGGCGGUGCAGACUGGCGACAUGUCGGACUCCGUGGCGCGACAGAGGAUCGGGCCACUCAACCACGCCAGAUGGCUGACACUCGGCGCGCGGGUGCUGCGCCUGUACGUGAGCACAGAGUCACCGUCUGACAGCCUGCGGCUCCUCGUGCAGUUUCUGGUGACUCACUACGUGCCGGUGUGGUUCUGCAUCAGGCGACACCCCGACUGCACAGACGGUGCAAAGAACUUCCACCGUUCUGUGGAGCUUCUCCGAGAGCUGCCGGAGAUGAUCCAGGAGGUGGUGCGACCCGUCCUGCAGCGCAACGGGUACUGGGCGCAUCCUGAGCAGGUGCUGCUCGCGAUGGUGGCUGACGGUGACGCUGGCGUCCGACAGGAGGCCGUGCGCCACAUACAGGCAGCCAGACAGCGCGAGACGGAGGACGUUCGGCCAUUCCGGCUGCCGGAGCUGAACUUCAGCGCCUCCGCUUACACAGAGGUGAUCAGCUGGAGCCCGCCGGAGAGUGUGACGCAGCCGCCGCUGCUGCGCCACCUCACAGACGAGCAGCUGCAAGCCAGGGCUGGCAGACACAUGGGUGUGGACCGGCUGGUAGAGGACGGCAUCUGCUGCGGACGUCCCCACCUGCACCAGCUGGCCGACGGUUACAUGAUCGUCAUCGAGGGAGAGGACUUGGCCCAUGCGGCUGACCUAUCGUCGGCCAUGAUCAUGAUCUGCGCGGACAUGUACUAUGAGAGCCUUCAAAUCGCCUCCAUUGUCAUCAGCUACAUCACAGCCGUCAGCCAGUGA